GACGUGUCUGAUGAUGGGAGGACUACAACGGGAAAGUUAUCUCUACGAAGCAUGACAAGGAUUAUGAAAUGUCUCAUCCCGGACCAGACUGUCUAUCUGAAAGUACACUCCCCAACAGCUGCCAUUAUUAUUAGAUUUGGCACUGCAGAUUCUGCGACUGCAACUGCAACUGCAACUGCGACACGCAUCAAAUCCGGAGGGUUUGUUGACUGUCUUAUCUGGGAAAUCUCGACCUACUCUGCUUCCAUCUCGAACUACUACUAUCGCUGCUUCACUUCAACAUCAACCUCGACAUCGCCCGUCAUUAUUUUUGGAAACCCUAUUCUUAAACUUCUUUGUCGUCAGACGACUAUUUCUAUAACGAUCAAUGGUUUCAAAGCCUCCAGCAGCGGCAGAAAACCAGAAUCCUCUUGCGCCAUUCCCACAACGACAACGACAGCAACAUCAACUAACGAUGAUGAUGAUGAUAAUCUCCCCUCAACAAUCGUCAUCGCAUUCUGGUUCAGCGCCGCACCCCGCGUCCUGGUCAAGUACGUCGCUGCAUACGCGCGUCUGGCUCCCUCGGCGCGCAUCAUCUUCCUCCUGAGCACGGCGUCCGAUUUCUGGCUGUACCCCACGCAAUGGGCUCAUCGUCGUCGACUGAUGCCCGCCGUCGAGGCCAUUCGCGCGUCGAUUGCCGCGACGACGACGACAGGAGGCAAGACGAAACCCGUGUUCAUGCACAUCUUCUCCAAUGGCGGCGUGUUCACGGCCGCGCAUCUCCUCCUCGCCUACAGACAUGUGACGGGCACUGCGAUGCCGAUCUCGUCGAUGAUCCUCGACAGUGCGCCCGGUCGCUCGUCCGUGGCGAGAUCCGCUAAAGCGCUCUCCUAUGCGCUCCCUCGGACACGCAUCCUGCGCCCCAUCGGCAUGGGCAUCAUCUACUUCGUGCUGGUCGUCAGCUGGCUCUGGCGCAAGAUAACCCGGGCCAAGGACCCGCUUGCCUUUACAAGGGCUGCGCUCAUCGACGAUCGACUCGUCUCUUCGACGCCUGAUGGCAAGAAGAAAGGGACGAAGAGGUGCUAUAUCUACUCCGACACUGACGACCUGAUCCUCGCCGCCGAGGUGGAACAGCAUGCCGCCGAGGCUGCAGCCAAAGGAUGGCCCGUCGAGCGGGAGAAGUUUCUAGGAUCGCCGCACGUUGGACAUAUGAGGGCAGAUCCGGAACGGUAUUGGGCGAUCGUUGGAAGGUAUUUGAGAGGGGAGAACUAA